ACGUUGCCAUCAUCCGCAGGUUCGAUCAUUGGCUCGUCACCACCCCACCCCUCUCUCUCCCUCACUUCUAUACGCUUUUACCUUCUUCUCCAUUCUUCUUCCUCACCCCACUCUCUCACCCACACCCACCCAAAUUAUCGUUUAAUCCUGAUCGUGAUGGGUUUCUAUGAGCUUACUUGAUAACGAAUCAUCGGAUAUAUGUCCUUUUUUAGGUUAACACGACCUCAAAUAUUGAAUAAUCAACAUCAGUUUUAGCACCUCGAUUCUUUCCUUAGCUUAUAUAACGUUGAAAACAAAACCUAUCUUAUCCAUGGGGGGAGCUUGUUCUAGAAAAAGAGACCAACAAACCAACGACGACAUUGUUCUUGGAGGAGUUUCUAGAAGAUAUUCCAAAAGUGGAAGCUCAAAAUGGCUGGGAACCUCUUUUUCUCGAGCAUCUGUAGAUAAUAAACAAGGAAACACCAUACCCCCGUCUCUCAUGGAAUUAUGCAUUUAUAAAAUUUCUCAAGAAAUUGAUGAGUAUGGUACCUUCUCUAUGCUUCCGAGAGAUAUCAGCCAGCAGAUUUUUAAUGAAUUGGUUUACUCUCAACGCCUUAAUGAGGCUUGUCUCGAAGCAUUUCUAGAUUGUGCUUUGCAGGAUAUAAACUUGGGUGAAUAUCCAGGAGUUGAUGACACGUGGAUGGAUGUGAUCUCUUCACAGGGAUCAUCUUUACUUUCUGCAGAUCUUUCUAGUUCUGAUGUUACAGAUUCUGGUUUGUUACAUAUUAAAGAAUGCAAGAAUGUCGAGGCUUUAAACCUUAAUUUCUGUGAACAUAUCUCUGAUGUUGGGCUUGGAUGCAUUACAGGUCUUUCAAACUUGACAAGUUUGAGUUUGAAGAGGAACACAAGCAUCACUGCAAAAGGAAUGAGUGUGCUUUCAGAGUUGGUCAAUUUGUCAAAGUUGGACCUGGAAAGAUGUUCUGGAAUCCAUGGUGGUCUUGUCCAUUUAAAAGGUUUAAAAAAGCUCGAGGCACUUAAUAUGAACUGUUGUAAUUGCAUUACUGAUGCUGAUAUGAAGCCUCUCUCAGACCUAAGAAACUUGAAAGAAUUACAAAUCUCCAGUAGCAAGGUCACAGAUAAUGGUGUCACAUUCUUGAAAGGUUUACACAAGCUUGCAUUGCUGAAUAUGGAACGCUGCCCUAUUACUGCAGCAUGCCUGGAUUCACUUUCAGAUCUUGUUGCUCUACUUUUUCUGAAUGUAAGCAGAUCUAAUAUCACUGAUGAUGGGUGUGACAAGUUUUCAAAAUUAAAGUCUCUAAAAGUGCUCAACUUGGGAUUCAAUGAUAUGUCAGAUGCUGUUUUGGCACAUCUCAAAGGCUUGAUAAAUUUGGAGAGCUUGAAUCUGGAUUCAUGUAGAAUUGGGGAUAAAGGAUUGGUUCAUUUAGCAGGCCUUGUUCGUUUGAAAUGUUUGGAGUUAUCUGAUACAGAAGUUGGAAACAAUGGUCUUCGUCAUCUCUCUGGUUUAGUGAAUUUGGAAAGUUUGAAUCUUUCAUUCACACUUAUUACAGAUGGAGAUGCUGGACUUGCAACUCUUACAAGUUUGACCGGAUUGACUCAUUUGGAUCUUUUUUGCGCGAAAAUAACAGACACUGGAACGAAUCAUCUGCGCAAUUUCAAGAAGCUGCGAUCCUUGGAGAUUUGUGGUGGAGGAUUAACUGAUGCUGGUGUGAAGAACAUCAAGGAUCUUAAAUCUUUGAUGCUUUUGAAUCUGUCUCAAAACAGUCACCUGUCUGAUAAAUCUCUAGAAAUGAUAUCUGAAUUGACAAACUUGGUGUCUUUAAAUGUAUCGAGUUCACGGGUAACAAGUGCAGGAUUGAAGCAUUUAACAAGUCUGAAGAAGUUGAAAUCAUUGAGCUUGGAGUCAACUAAGGUGGAAGAUGCCAUGGGUUUCUGUACAUAA